UUCAGGGCGUACCCCGCCUCCUGCCCGAUGAUAGCCGGGAUCGGCUCCGGCACGCCCGCGACCCGCGCGAGGAGAAGCGGCUCAGGAAAUGGAUGGAUGGAUGGAUGGAUGGCAUUUAAGCGACUGUGAUGUAGUAAGAGUUUGAACAUUUCAUUUGGUCGCCGAGCACCAGAGGGAGAAAACAAAUCAGACUUGGAAACAAUUUUUCACGUUCUCAUGAAGAAGCCCUUAUCCCCCUCCCCUCUUUCCCAUCUCACUCCCCCCUCCCUGUUCUGCUUUCAGGCGGUGGAAGCUAUGCAGUCCUUCCGUGAGCGCACUGGCGGUUACCACAGCAACCAACCCUGCUACCAGCAGGAGCCCCACGAAUUAUCACGCCUGGAGACGUACCGACACCCACAUCACGCUCACCCUCAGCUUCCCCAUCCAGGCCCGGGCCCAGGGCUUUCGAGGUCAGCGUAUGAGGCCCGCUCACUGGUAAACGCCACAAGUAUGUCUACAGCCACGGCGGCAGGAAUCGGAGGGGCGCCUAAGGACAUCUACAGCCAGCCAGCCUACCCCGGUUUCCCGGUCAAUGGUGGCGGGAAUGGAAACGGAGGCUUGGCAUCCUCGCAGGCGAAGAAGAAAAUCCUCAAAUUCCCUACGCCGAGUUCUGGUCAACAUCUACAGGGCCAUGGAGGUUACAGUAACCCCCUGGGUCCUGGGACCUACUCAGCCCAGUACAUGGGCGGGGGCCACCUCCAGCAGAAAUGGGAAGACCCAGCUCAGUUGACGUCGUACGAGCAUGAGAUGGUUGGGCGUAUGGAGGCUGGGGGUGCCCCUGCCCCUAACUCCUCACAGUACAUGGAGCAGAACAUGCUAGGCCACUCCCAGGCCCAGUGCCACCAGCCCCCCACCCCCUCUUACCCCAGCCCCCAUCACCAGUCACACCCAACCAACCCUUCCCCUUCUCCUUUAGUGUAUCCACAAAGUCACCUGCACUAUCCCCAACCUUCGCCCUCUCCUUCACCUUACAUAGAAAAGUGCAGCCCCAUGCCGCCGUGCUAUAAAGGUUACAGCAUGACCCCGACUUCCCAGUAUGGCAGACAAAUGAGCAACCACAGUAAUCUGAAGCAAGGAGGCUACAGGCCAUCCCAGAAUAGCUACACCUACCAACACUCGAGAGCUUAUGAGCCACAGCCUUCACUGCAAGCCAUGAGCAACCCCCAGGAAGCCCACCCAAAAUACCAGCACUUCAGCCAACCACAAGCCAACUACUGUCUCUCUGAACUGUCUGUGCGGUCGCCGGAACAGUACUAUCAAACUUGCAGCCCCUCCUCAAGCCACUCCCCCGCACGCUCAGUAGGACGAUCCCCUUCAUACAGCUCCACCCCUUCGCCGUUAAUGACCAAUCCGGAGUCAUUCCAGUACGGACAACCGCCCAUCACCCCAGGGGCGGCCUCGUCGUCGUCCUCCUCCUCAGCAGGCCACCAAGAGCAAGGCGGUUCCAAUGCGAUGUUGUUGCCCCCACGCUCGCACCCAUCACCCAGUGUGCCCCACGCAGCGUCUCACAGCUUCACAAACACACUGCAAGGACCCACCGUGAAGGAGCGGUUCUCGGAAAAGCUGCUGUCAAACCCCAGCUUGUGGAGCCUGAAUGUCCUCACCUCUCAGGUAGAGAACAUAUCCAACAAUGUCCAACAGCUGCUACUUUCAGAGACUCUGGUGGCCAACAAGAAAUCCACUAAACGAAACAGUGGCGGAAGCAACAGCAGUUCUGGAAGUGCAGCAUCCUCCAGAAAAGGUGAGGAGUACAAAAGUCCGUAUCCAGAAAGUGCUGGCAGUGUAGGUGGAGGCCCAAUGCAGGAGCUUUACUCUAAUGUGCAGCAUCAACGGAUGCCUAUGGAACUACAUGAGGGAGGCUACUCCAGCAGCAGUGAUGAGCAACUGGAGAGAGGCUACUUCUACAGAAGCCAGGGCAGGAGUCCAGCUCAACCUCCCAGCAACACCCACAUUAACGUGGACACGGUCUCGUCCUGUUCCAUGACAUCUCCAGAUGACGUGUCCACCAGGUCUGGAGACUCAGGAUUGCACAACUUUGCUCCUGACCCAAUUAGAUGUCAGUCAGUGCAAGGAGGAGAUACCACUCCGGUGAAGAGCAUCAGUGAGGGGAGGUCUCCUAUCAGCCUUACAAUUCCCAGUCCGAUUAAACCUGACACAGACUCAUCUUCUGACAUACAACAGAUCAUUGAGCCUGUUAAAGAACACUUUGAGGAAUCCCCAUGGAUGGAGAAGUCAGCUGACAAAGAAGCGGAGACUAGGCCAAAAACACCUGGAUAUGAAGGAGAUGUGAUUCAACCGAAAGAGAGAGAGGAGAAAUGGUCAGAUGAGGACAAAUGUUCAUUUCUAUACAGCCAAGUAGACAAAGGGCAAGCAGAGAAAGACUUUUGCUAUGCAGAGACUGUGUUUGAAGGGGUCCAGAGAAAAUAUGACCCAGAUUCACUUGAACAGUCCCCAGCUGCGUGCUCUGACUCAAGCCACAAUUUUGUCCAAGAGAUAAAAGAAGCAUACAAAUCGGAGUCGUCAAUUGCUUCCGAGAGCUCACUGAAAACUUUCAAUCCUGUGAGUGACUUUGAACAGGAUCAAUAUUCCACAGAGAAGGAGGACAGCACCGACAACACCUCUCCAACCUCUCAAAUUGAGAAACAUUCAAAGAAGACAGAGAGCAAAGAAUUGAUUGAGGAGGACAACGACGAACAAGAAACAGACUUAGCUGAACGAAAGCAGUAUGCUCUUUCCCUUUCCCUGUCUGAUGAGUUGAGGAAGGAACGAGGGGAGGAGGAGAACAUUUGCCAGUCAUUGACUUCUGAGUUCAUGAAUAAUAGACACGGAUCUGAGAAGCCUUCUACAGACCUUUGCAACAGGACAGAGAAUCAAAGGCCCGAGCGCCAUAGUGACAAUGAGCUUGCAGGAGUGCCUGCACAUCCAAAUGUGGCAGCGGCCCCGGAUUCUUCUUCCAGAGAAUCGGCCAUCGGUGAUACUGCUCCGCAGCCCCAAUCUGCUAUGCCGGUCUUCUCCGCUCUCAAUGAUAAUCACAUUGAUCACAGCGACGCUAAAGUGCUGGAGCCAGACUCUCCCCAGCUGCCUGGGAAGUCAAUACUUCCCUCAGCCCCCUCCUGGGCAGACACACCACCCUCCCCGAAGAAAGGCGAUGAGGACAUGGAGCCGGGCCUCAGCUGCUCCAGUGCCGUGACCCCCUUGGCCAAGCCAGAGCCUGUGGCCCCAUCUGCUCAACCCAGGGCAUUUGGACGUAAGCAUGCAAGGGGCAGAAGGAAAAUGAUGCUCUCAAGUGUGGCAAUCAGGCGACAGCUAAGCUUGGAAAGGGACGAAGAGAAGGACGAAGAAGGAGACCCCCUGGCCUCAGAGAAAACCUGCAGGCCUCACAGCAAAACUAUGCUGUUCUCAAAUCAAACUGACUUAGCCCAUCAGGAAUCAGUAGUGAGCCAGGCAACCAAAAUGUUCACUGAAGGCCUGAGUUCAAGAAUGUGCACACGCUCAUUCCAUGCGGCAGACUUACCAUCCAAAGGCGAGGCUCAUUUGAAAAGAAAACCGGGCCCAAAACCUGGACCCAAACCAGGAAUAAAAAAUGGAUCAAAAACAGGGCCAAAACCUAGAAGCAAACCAGCCCCUAAACUUGCCCCGAAGCCUGGGCCAAAACCUGGACUUAAAUCAGGACUAAAGGCUGUGUCAAAUACACCAGAUCCAGCAGAAAACAUCGAGGCUCUGGGGAAACAAAAACCAGGGCCAAAACCAGGCUUAAAACCUCCAUCAAAACCUGGGCCUAAACCUGUUUCAAAGUCGAGUCCAAAACCAGGACCUAAGCCUGGACUCAAAUCUGCAGAUGCUUUGUCACCCACUGAAAACAUGACCGUCAAGGCCUCUGUUGGUCGUCCCAAAGGCUCAGUUUCUAAGGUGAAGCAGACCCAACAAGAAGAAAUGAUUCCGCAUUUGACAGGGCCACAAGGCAGGGGCAGAAAAAAUAUAAAGACUACACUAUCACAAAUAAACCAGGUGAUUAAAGUAAUAAACCAUGACGAAAAGCCCCCAAAUGACAUAAAAUCACAACAGAAUGACAGUAAAAAUAUGACCUUAAGGUCAAGAAAGCCCUCAGAGACAAAAGUAUCAAAAGAAAAGGAAAAAAACAUACACAAAGAUCUUUUAACACCAGCCCUGACAGAAAUUGGCACAACAGAUUGUUGUCAAAAAGAGGAACGUUCAACUAAGGAACAAUCUCUUACUCCUUAUAUUGUGAAAGACAUAGAUACUCCAACAGAACGUCCUGCAAUGCUUCCAGCUGAAACUAUUGAAGAAAAGUCGAUGCUUCCACUAAAAUGUCAGUCAUCUACGGAACCCUCUCCAGUGCCUGUGAAGAAAAAGAGGGGCCCAAAGCCUAAACCGAAACCACUGCAACCUCAAGCCGCACCACUGGAGCAAGUUGUCUCCACACCUAAAGAGGCAGACGUUCCGGGGCCCAGAAGAAAGAGAGGGCCACCCAAGAAAGAGUCUGAGGUCCCCUAUCAACCCAAACAUACUCCCUCUAAUGUCACUGAAAGUGAUCAAGGCGAUGUGCCAGUCGUGCCUCCUCACUGCCCCACUAGAACAAAAGUUCUCCCUCCACGGAAGGGCAGAGGACAGAAAUAUGAGGCCAUGGUGCAGAAAAUCACAUCGCCUAGCUCGAAGAAAUACCUCCCAACUCCUCAGACAGACAUCAAUCUCAACGAUGACGCAACAACUAAGGACUUUUCUCCGCACGCUCUCAAAGACGGGGAGACGGCUAUUCCUGUAAAUGGCGCCGAAAUGAUGGAAAGCGAAGUGAAAAGCAGACUAGAAGGUGUGAAUCACCCUGAAGGUGCCACAAGAAAAGAGGUCAAACGAGAGAGUGAAAAGCAGGAGAUAAGUCAAGGAGCACCAGUGUCAGAGGACUUGAAACAAAGGCUGUUAGAAGAGGAUCUAAAUGAUGAUGCGCCAAUACAAGAACAUAAACCUGGGACAAUGCGCAAUGUCCAAAGAGCGAUGGAGGCUCAGGUAGACCUCGGUCCUCGAGAAGAAUGGACCCAACAGGCAAAAGCGCUUGUAGCUGCAGAUGUAUCUCCAUCCAAGUCCUCAAAAAGGAAGCGAUGGGCCAUGGUGGAGAGUACAGAUGCCUGUGUCGUAGCAUUGGAAGCGGGGAGCCUAAUAGUGACAACCCCGAGAGCGGCCAAGCAGAGGGCCAUUAAAAACAACCAUGAGAUGCACUUAAAGCAAAAGAGGAAACGAAAAGGUCAGGCUGCACCAGAAGAAACAGAAGCAGCAAAGGAGAUCAAAGUUGAAGCCACAGAGCAACAAGACGGGAUAGUAGAAGAGACGAUAACCCCUUCAGAGGUGCCCACGGUGCCAAUCAGUACAGAUGAUAUCAAAGAAGGCCCCGUGGUUGGCAACAUAGAACUCGUCCAGAAAUCGAGAAGAGGAAGAAAACCAUCUGCAAAUCCAGUUAAGCGGAAACGGGGGAAAUCCUCAUCCGAGGAGAUUUCUGACAAGCAAGUGAAAGUCUACAAAAAGCCGGGGCCAAAACCUGGAAUGAAGGAUGCCUUGGAGGUCAUAGAGGCGGUUGUGAGGGCUGCUGGCUGUGAAGCAGAAAAAGUGGAGCGGGAAAAACAGGAGGCAGAAAUCGACACGUGUGAAAAGGAGGACCCCUUUGUGGGUCCUGUGGUGACAAUAUCAGAAAAACAGACUGAGACCAUUUCUGUAAAGAGAUUCAGAAACAACCCUCUGUCUUUCUGUCCGUAUGUGCGUGUCAACAACUCCAGAGACUUUUCCUCUUGGUGCGCCAUCGUCAACAAGCCCGAGGAUGUGCAAGUGUUUCAAAGACGGAGAAAAAAGGGAAUUCUCCGAAUGAAGAAUCCUUUCACGGUGGCAAAGAUAGUGCCGCACACCGCCGCUAUGCUACAAGGACCCACGGUAAAUACGGCUCUAACUGGUAGGCGACUUAUGUGUUGCCUGUGCGGAAAACCACCAAACUACAGAGAUUUGGGCGAUCUGUGUGGACCGUACUACACAGAAGAUGGAGUUCCUCGGAAACUGUUGACCAUUGAGCCCACACUUUCCCCUGGCGCUGUCCCAGAGAAGAACAACAAGGAUAAAGGUAAUGAGGAACCAUGUACAUCAAAGUCAAAGGCUGAAGAUGAGGCUGGCGGAGAGAAAGCAGACAACACACAAGAAUCACCUCAAGCGGGCAGUAGUAGCAGGCAUCACCAUUGGCCGUACAGGCGAGCAGAAAGAAAAGAAAGGACGCCACGGAAGGGCGUUCCUCGAAGGAUACCACUCCGAGAGAGGUUAAAGAGCAUGAAGCAGCUCCAGGCCGGGCUUUCCAAUAACCAAGACGGCUUGUUCCAGAGGCGGCAAGAAGAAGCAGAGGCCAACGAGCACUGGGCCCACGAAAACUGCGCUAUCUGGACCAAGGGGGUGAUUAUGGUGGCCGGGCGGUUAUACGGACUGAAGGAAGCUGCCGACAACUCAGUCCAAACGAGCUGCCACGAGUGCCAGAUUGCGGGGGCGUCCCUCAGUUGCUGUUGGAGAAGCUGCUCUCGUAAAUACCACUUCGUCUGCGCCAAAGAGAUAGGUUGCACAUUCCACGAAGAUGACUUCUCCAUCAAAUGUCCCAAACAUGAGGAUUUGUAAGAUAUCCGAGCGGACCAUCUCGCACGAGCGAGGCCAAGAUAAACGCUGUCCUAACAGACACCUAACCCUCUCAAAACGGACGGGACGACGGACUCGAGAGAACUCUGAGCGACAAGAUGGCUCCCGGAGAGAGAAAGUUGUUCCAGACGAUGCGUUCGGGCGCCGAGGCGCCGAGGGAGACGCGGCCGUGCAGAGCGAGGGGGCCGUGGCCUUCCGACGGGACGCUAUCGUAUUCCCGCACCUGGCCGACAGACAUCGGACAGGUGCGUCCAUCUGUCCAGCUUGUCCGCAGGCCAAAAAGCGUGCGUGCGUGCGCAUACGUGGACAAUCCCAAGCAACAAAGAGCCACUGGAUGUGACACAAAACUGGACGCAGGUUCUAACUAUCACUGCAGUAUUUUCAAUACAGCGGACCCCCCCCGCGAAUCCAAUAGGGACCAGGGAGGACUGCAAAUAUAUAUAUUUAUUUUUAUUUUUUGGGGGGGGUUUUAAACCCAAAAAUUCUCCAAUGAGCAGGGUUAAUAAAAAAGGGAAAGAAAAGGAACAAAAUGUGGAAAAAAGAAAAAGAAUUGAAAGACGUUUGAAAAUAAAAUGGGGCAAAUAGUCGAAUCCGCAGGCGGCAAACGGCAGGUAUGCGGCGGUCCAACGUACAGCGGUGCCUUGAGAUACGAGAGACCCGACUUGAGAGUUUUUCCAGAUAGGAGCUGUCGUUCAAAAGAUUGUUUUGCUUUGACAAUCGGGCAAACAUUUUGGAUACGAACGCAGUGAAAACGUUUGGCAGAACGUGAACUAUCCAUCCAUCCAUCCAUCCGUUUCUGAGGCGGGUCGCGGGCGUGCCGGAGCCUAUGCCGGCUAUCUUCGGGCAGGAGGCGGGGCACGCCCUGAACCUGUUGCCAGCCAAUCGCGGGGCACAUAGAAACGAACAACCCUUCGCGCACACAUUCACACCUACGGGCGAUUUAGAGUCUCCAAUUCAUGCAUGUUUUGGGGAUGCGGGAGGAAAGCGGAGUGCCCGGAGAAAAGCCACGCAGGCGCGGGGAGAACAUGCAAACUCCACACAGGCGGGGGCGGGAUUUGAACCCCGGUCCUCAGAACUGUGAGGCAGACGCUCUAACCAGUCGGCCGCCGAACGUGAACUAGUCUUUAAAAGAAAAAAAAAAAAAAAAAGUCGCUUCAAGCCCUACUAACCCUAAUUUAAAACCCUAUCCCUGUUUAAAGCCUGUUCUGAAACCUUAAUUUGAAACCCUAACCCUGUUUUGAAACUCUAACCCUGUUUUAAAACACUAACUCAGUUUUGAACCCCUGUAUUAAAACCUUAACUCAUUUGCAACCCUAAUUUGAAACCCUAACCCUGUUUUGAAACCCUAAAACUUUUUUAACUCUAACUUGAAACCCCAACACUGUUUUACAACCCUACUUUGAAAGCCUAACCGCAUUUUGAAACCCGAAUCCUGUUUUGAAAUCCUAACCCUGUUUUUAAACCCUACUUUGAAACCCUAACCCUGUUUUGAAGCCCUGAAACUUUUUUAAAACUCUAACUUGAAACCCCAACACUGUUUUACAACCCUACUUUGAAACCCUAACCGUAUUUUGAAACCCUAAUUUGAAACCCGAAUCCUGUUUGAAACCAUAACCCGGUUUUUAAACCCUACUUUGAAACCCUAACCCUGUUCUGAAGCCCUGAAACUUUUUUAAAACUCUAACUUGAAACCCCAACACUGUUUUACAACCCUACUUUGAAACCCUAACCGCUUUUUGAAACCCUAACCCUGUUUUUAAACCCUAAUUUGAAACCCGAACCACGUUUUGAAACCCUAACUUGAAACCCCAACUGUUUUAAAACCCUACUUUGAAACCCCAACGCUGUUUUACAACCCCACUUUGAAACCCUUAACGCAUUUUGAAACCCAAAUUUGAAACCGUAGCCCUGUUUUGAAACCCAAAUUUCAAACCCUAACACUCUUUUGAAACCCUAAACCCGUUUUGAAACCCUAAUUUGAACCAAAACUCCAGUUUGAAACCCUAACCCCGUUUAAAAACCACACUUUGAAACCCUAACCGUGUUUUUGAAACCCUAAUUUGAAACCUUAACCGUUUUGAAAUCCUAACCCUGUUUUAAAACCCUACUUUCAAACCCUAACCUUGUUUUGAAACCCUACUUUGAAACCCUAACCGUUUUGAAAUCCUAUUUUAAAACCCUAACCCUGUUUUAAAACCCUACUUUCAAACCCUAACCGUGUUUUGAAACCCUAAUCCUGUUUUCAAACCCGAAUUUGAACCCCCAACCCUGUUUUGUUACAUUAUCAGCUGAUCAUGUACGCCGGUGGAAUUUUCUGAGCCAAUCAGAGUCAAGUACUAAUCAAGACCAUGGUAUAAUAUUGUGUGCUCUCACACAAACAUUGUUGCUGCGAAAAAAAAAAAAAAAAAAACGGAUCGAUCUAUCCAUCCAUCCAUUUUCUGUACCGCUUCUCCUCACUAGGGUCGCGGGCGUGCCGGAGCCUAUCCCAGUUAUCUUCGGGCGAGAGGCGGGAUAGACCCUGAACUGGUCGCCAGCCAAUCGAUCUAUAUAUAUAUAUAUAUUUUUUUUUUUUUAGAUAGUUCUAAUUUUUCAUUUUAGAAAAUAGACACUUCGUAACAGUCUUGGAUACAUGAAUAUUGUUUUAUUUUCCAUACUUUUCCAGACCUGGAAAUUGUUGAAUUCAAACUCCAUAUUUUGCACAGGAACCCUGCUUUCCAUGUGGUUUAUUUGAAACUACCACAUAGCUUAGCCCGUCAAUGCGCCAGCUUAAUGUGAACACUUAACAGCAUCUACGUUGCGGCGCUACGGUUUUGCAGCAUGUAUUUAUAACAAUACUUAAGUCAUAUAUUCUUUAUCUUCUGCAAAGAGCGACUGAGUGCCAUUGACGAGCGUGCUCACGAAGCGGAUUCAACUCGCAUCUCAAGGCGUCACUGUACUUGCGAGGGGUAUAUUUAUCGGCGCUUUGACUACAUGGUCGCAACACCCUUGCUCAACGUCAAACUCUGGGGAAAUCAUCAAAAAAUAAGUAAAAAGAGGUGACAAAAUAAAGUGUCCGAACAUUCAGUAGCUGCCGUUGUCUUUCCAUUGCGAGGCGCCGAGCCUCCAACCGGGGGUCAGGUUGUCUCACCGCAUAUUUUCUGUACAGUUCCAAAAUAGUUUUCCCGUGGCCGCGACGUGUCAAUCCAGUUUUUCUGAGAACCACGCCACACAGUGUAGCCUGCCUGCGUGACCGCGCCGUGUUUCCGCUCAUGUCAGGCCAGCUAACAUAUUAAACGUUUAAAAAAUUGUCAAAAAUAAACACCACACCAAACAUUCAACACUUUCUGACGCUCAUUAUUUCAUGGUGUAUAUAAGUAUUUGAUGCUGUUUAAAUGUAAGAUGUGCUGUACUAAUAAUAACUGUGUAUAGUAUUUCCUAGAGAUGUUUAUUUUCUAUAAAACGGAAUAUGUUAUUGCUCAUAAACUGUUAAAAGAAUCCAUUGAUGAAGAUAUUACAGCCUCUUUUUUGGAAUGUCAACUGUUAAGUUGGAUCAUGUCAUUUUUUUUAUUUAUUUUCAUGUUUGAACUCGACGCAUUGCUUGGUUUGACAUGUUUUUGUACCGCCAAUGUUCAAAUAUACCAGCACCUUUCAAUGCGA